AUGCCUUUAGAGUAUUCGAAAUAUAUUGCACCAGUUCCUGAGCCUGAGCCAUCCCCCAUGUUGCACCAUAAUUUCGAAGACCCCAACUUUGUUCCCGGUAGCUCGCACUCGGCUUCAUACCCCGCGGCCCCCGAACAACCUUUUCACAACCCUGACAGUAUUCGUGCAUUUCCGAUCGAGAUUGGCCAUACCAGCCAUCACGCCUUUGACUUUGACCACCCUUCCAUUCCGCGAAUGCUCCCGCAGGACUUACAGCAGCAUCUCAACUCUGGCUUUACCGCCCCACCGUACAUUAAACCCGUAAACGUACGCUGCGUGUGUCCUACAAUGCAGGUCUUUCCCUCGGAAACCCAAAUCGCGGACGCGUUGCAACUUCCACUGGGGAUUAUCCUCAGUCCGUUCGCCGAUCCGAAUGUCACCGAGGUAGACUUCUCCGAGGUUGGGAAUCGCGUGAUUCGCUGUCGACGAUGUAGUGCGUACAUAAACCCUUUUACCACGUUUUUCGACCGUGGGGCUCGCUGGCAGUGCAUUCUAUGCCGCCACCUCAACGAAACCCCAAAACCCUACUUGAGCAGCCUGAACUCGGACGGCCUCCGGGAGGAUCUUUUGAACCGCCCCGAGCUCACCAAUGCCUCGGUGGAUAUCAUCGUGACGCCUGAAUUUCUCCGUAGUCCCCCGCAACGUCCGAUUCAAUUGUUGGUGCUCGACUGCUCUUACCAGGCGGCUUCCUCGGGGCUUUUGGCCGCCAUCUGCCAAGGCGCGCUGCGAGCCCUAGAGGCCGUAAAGGACGACGAGGUCAUGCAUAUGGGUAUUGUUGGCUUUGAUACGACUGUGUACUUUUUCGACGUCCGAGCUAGCCUCAGCAUACCGUGUAUGAUGGCGGCCCCGGAUACGGUGAAUAGUAUUGCUAACGUAGACGAUAAAUUCAAGAUCGAGCCAGUGGAGCUCCCGUGCUCGAUCAAUUCACUUGUGGUGCCUAUCAAAGAAUCCUAUCGUAUGCUGCGUGAGGUGCUUGAGAAGCUACCUGGGAUGUUUGCCAAUACGGAGGAAGUAGGAUGUGCCUUUGGGCCUGCUCUUAGCGCUGCGGUCACAAUGCUUGAAAAUAACGGUGGCAAAAUACUCACAAGUAUUGCCUCCAUCCCUUCCAUUGGGGAAGGCAAGCUCAAACAUCGUUUCAAUAUUGAAAAGCUUUCCGGGCAAACCAAAGAAUACACCAUGCUAACCCCGGCUAAUGACUGGUACAAGGAACGGGCCCUGGCGUGUUCCUCCAAUGCCAUUUCCAUCGACAUCGUAGCGCUGGAUAAUGGGUGUGAAGGAAACCUCGAUCUCGCCACAAUUGCCCCGCUCGUUCGCUUUACCUCCGGGCAUUUUUAUCGAGCCACGACGCUAAAUAUGCGUGGGGUGGUCGCACAGGUUGAGCGAAUGCUCUUGCGCUUUAUCGCGUUCGACUCGGUCCUGCGUGUUCGAACCUCCAAUGGGCUGGUAAUACCGAAUUUUUAUGGGCACUGCCAUGUGCGGGAGCCGGAUUUGCUUUCGCUACCCAUCAGCGAUGAGGAUGCAUCCUACGCGACCGAAUUCACCAUAUCGAAGAAGAUUGUUGAGACUUUUGUGUAUAUACAAUUCGCGGUGAUGUACACAACGCGGUCUCGUGAAAGGCGAAUUCGCGUUCACACGGUCCAAUUACCAGUCUCCUCGUCCAUACGUCAGGUCAUCAACUCCGUCAAUUCCGUCGGUACCGCCUGCUUCUUGACCAAAAUAUGCGUCGAUGCCUGCACCAGUCGGUCUUUUGAACAGGCUCAGAAGCUUAUCAACGAUCGCAUCUUUGCGGCCCUCCUCUGCGCGCAAAAAGAAUUAGAAAAAGAAGGCCGACGCGCCAAUCCUCGGCAAAUGUUUAUAACAGACAGUAUGAAGUUUAUCCCGCAGAUUCUGAACGGUUUUUUUCGCUCCUACGCGAUCGGCUCCCCGAGUGCGGGGGUGAUUUAUCCCGAUACCCGGAUUACCGCCAUCUCGGCCGUCAUAGCGUCCCGACCGGAGGCAAUAAUCCCUGGAUUUUUAUGUUGGUCUUAUCAAAUUUAUUCGCCGCAUACCCCGAUUGAAAUGGGCCCGGUGCCGAUCUUCUCCAGUCGACAUUAUCUCUCCUCCUACAGCAUAACGCUUAUGGUGUUAAGUGAUAUGAUGGUGAUGUGGUAUGGGAAAAAAACAAACCCGGUCGUACUCCAAGCCUUUGGGCUGGAAGCGGUGGAUUCGGAUCGCGAUCUCGCGCCCAGCGAUCAAGUAAUAUUGCCAGAAGAAAUCAAAGAUCUGCGUAAACGCACGGAGGACCUUCUAAACAACCUCCAGGCUAUCCAAGCGCCAUGCUUUAAAUCGCAGUGUGAAGCAUGUCCACAAGGCAAGGCCGAUAUUGAGACCAGAAUCAUCCGAGGGAUGGUUGAAGAUAGCUCGCAGUCUUUGAUUUCAUAUAAAGUUUACCUUACUGGGUUAUGGAAACGUCUCUCGGUGUAG